AUGAAUCAGGUCACAAUUCAUUGGGAUGUGGUAAUAGCUCUCUACAUAUUCUUCAGUUGGUGUCAUGGAGGGAUUACAAAUAUAAACUGCUCUGGACACAUCUGGGUAGAACCUGCCACAAUUUUUAAGAUGGGUAUGAAUAUCUCUAUAUAUUGCCAGGCAGCAAUUAAGAACUGCCAACCAAGGAAACUUUAUUUUUAUAAAAAUGGCUUCAAAGAAAGAUUUCAAAUCACAAGAAUCAAUAAAACAACAGCUCGCCUUUGGUAUAACAACUUUGUGGAGCCACAAGCCUUUGUGUACUGUACUGCUGAGUGUUCCAGAUAUUCUCCAGAGACACUAAUAUGUGGAAAAGACAUUUCUUCUGGAUAUCCACCAGAUGUCCCUGACAAAGUAACCUGUGUCAUUUAUGAAUAUUCAGGCAACAUGACUUGUACCUGGAACCCUGGGAGGCCCACCUUCAUAGACACAAAGUAUGUGGUGUACCUGAAGAGUUUAGAGACAGGAGAAGAGCAAGAAUAUCUCACUUCAAGUUACAUUAACAUCUCCACUGAUUCACUGCAAAAGGGCAAGAAGUAUUUGGUUUGGGUCCAAGCUUCAAAUGCACUGGGCAUGGAGAAGUCGAAACAACUGCAAAUUCAUUUGGAUGAUAUAGUGAUACCUUCUGCAUCCAUUAUUUCCAGGGCUGUGGAUAUAAAUACUACAGUGUCCAAGACUGUAAUCCACUGGAAUAGUCAAACAUCAAUUGAAAAAGUUUCCUGUGAAAUGAGAUACAAAGCUACAACAAACGAAACUUGGAACGUUAAAGAAUUUGACACCAAUUUUACAUACGAGCAACAGUCAGAAUUCUACUUGCAGCCAAAUGCUAUGUAUGUAUUUCAAGUGAGAUGUCAAGAAACGGGUAAAAGGUACUGGCAGCCCUGGAGUUCACCCUUUUUCCAUAAAACUCCUGAAAUAGGUCCUCAUGUCACAAUGAAAUCAUUCCAACAUGAUACUCAGAAUUCUGGACUUCUAAUUGCUUCCAUCUUUAAAAAACACCUUACUUCUGACAACAGGAAACAAGACAUUGGACUUUUAUUGGGAAUGGUCUUCUUUGCUGUUAUGCUGUCAGUUCUAUCUUUGAUUGGGAUAUUUAACAGAUCACUUCGAACUGGAAUUAAAAGAAGAAUCUUAUUGCUAAUACCAAAGUGGCUCUAUGAAGAUAUUCCUAAUAUGGAAAACAGUAAAGCUGUGAAAAUACUUCAGGAAAAAAAUGAAUUUAUGAAUAACAAUUCCAGUGAACAGGUCCUAUACGUUGAUCCAGUGAUUACAGAGAUAGAAAUCAUUCUCCCAGAAGAAAAACCCAUGGGCUACAAGAAAGAAAACAAUACAGGAUGCCUGGAGAGAAAAGAGAGCCUGGAGAAGUCACUACUCACCAACACUACAGUUGUAUAUAUUCCUGAUCUCAACACUGGGUAUAAACCCCAGAUUUCAAGUUUUCUCCCUGAGGGAAACCAUUUCAGCAAUGAUGAUGAAACAGCUUCCUCAACUCUGGAACUACCGGCUGACUCCUUAAACGUGGGAAACAAUGCCAGGUUUAAAAAAUAUCCUGAUUUUGCUUUCUCUGUCUCAAGUUCAAAUUCACUAAGUAACACACUAUUUCUUGAAGGAUUAAGCCUCAUUUUAAAUCAAGGAGAAUGCAGUCCUCUGGACAUGCAAAACUCAAUAGAGGGGGAAACUGCCAUGCUUCUGGAAGAUGCAUCACUGAAUGAAACUAUUCCAGAACAAACCCUGCUGCCUGAUGAAUUUGUCUCCUGUUUGGGGAGCAUGAACAAAGAGUUGCCAUCUAUUGAUUCUUACUUUCCACAAAAUAUUUUGGAAAGCCACUUCAAUAGGAUUUCAUUCUUAGAAAAGUAG